AUGUCAACUAAGGAUAUUAAAAGAAUUGCAGUUUUGACAAGUGGUGGUGAUUCAAGUGGUAUGAAUCCAGCUAUAAGAGCAUUUGCAAGAGCAGCCAUGUUGAAAGGAGCCGAAGUAUUUGCAAUUCGUGAAGGUUAUAAUGGUUUAGUUAAUGACUCGAUUUUACCAUUAAAUUGGGGAUCUGUAGCAGGUAUUAUUAGUAGAGGUGGAACAAUUAUAGGUACAGCAAGAAGUGCAGAAUUUCGUACACGUGAAGGUAGAAAGAAAGCCGCAUUCAACUUAAUUAAAAAUAAAAUCAACAAUCUUUUAGUCAUUGGUGGUGAUGGUAGUCUUACAGGUGCCAAUUUACUUCGUAGCGAAUGGUGUUCAUUAUUGGGUGAACUUGUAAAUGAUGGUAAAAUUAGUCCAGAUUGUUUAGAAAACUAUUCAACUCUUUCAAUUGCUGGUAUCGUUGGUUCAAUCGAUAAUGAUAUGUGCGGUACUGAUUUAACAGUAGGUGCUGAUACUGCUACUAGAAGAAUUUUAGAGGCUAUCGAUUCCAUUCUUAGUACUGCUGUAAGUCAUCAAAGAAGUUUUGUAAUUGAAGUUAUGGGUAGAAACUGUGGUUGGUUAGCAUUGGUUAGUGGUGUUGCUACUGGUGCCGAUUAUAUUUUAAUUCCAGAAUCACCACCAGAAAAAGGUUGGGAGCAACAUAUGGCUGAUAAUCUCGAAAAGGGUCGUCUCUCUGGUAGAAGAUGUUCAUUAGUUAUUGUAUCGGAAGGUGCUAUCGAUAGCGAUGGUAAACCAAUUACCUCAUCAUAUGUCAGACAAUUUUUAGAAGAUAAAGGUCACGAUGCUAGAAUCACAAUUUUAGGUCAUGUUCAAAGAGGUGGUACUCCAACAUUUUUAGAUCGUUAUAUCGCCACCAUUAUGGGUGUCGAAUCAGCCAACUAUUUCUAUGACACCAAAGAGGCACAAAAAGAACCAGUAUUAAUUGGUAUGAGCGGUACAGAUGUAAUUAGAUCACCAUUAAUGGAGUGUGUAAAGAAGACUCAAUCAAUUGCCACAUUAAUCAAAGAGAAACGUUUCAACGAAGUUGUCGAUUGCAGAGGUGGUAUGUUUAAGGAAUUCCAUGAAAUCUUUAGAGCAUGUUCAAAUCUUUAUCGUCGUAAAGUCGAGCCAAAUGGUCUCAAUAUCGUUAUCCUUCAUAGUGGUGGUCCAUCACCAGGUAUGAAUCCAUGUGUUCGUGCUUUCACUCGUUUAGGUAUCGAUCGUGGUUAUACAAUGUAUGGUUGCUUUAAUGGAUUUGGUGGUUUAGCUUUAGGUGAAAUUCAACAAUUAAAUUGGAUGACUGUCAAUGGUUGGUCCGUUAUGGGUGGUGCUGAACUUGGUACCAAUCGUUCAGUUCCAAACGAUUCAAAUAUCGAUGCUAUUAUGGCCAAUUUAGAAAAACUUAAAAUCGAUGCAAUUUUAAUGUUUGGUGGUUUCAAUGGCUACCUUGGUAUUGCUAAGCUCUACGAAUACCGUGAAAAAUAUCCAAGAUUAAAGAAAAUAUCAAUUAUAGGUGCUCCAGGUACCAUUGCAAAUAAUGUACCAGGUACCAAUAUCAGUAUUGGUGCUGAUACUUCACUCAAUAACACUUUAGAUGCUUUAGAUAAAAUCAAACAAUCAGCUGUCGCAUCUCGUCGUCUUUUCGUUGUCGAAGUUAUGGGUGCUCAUUGUGGUUAUCUUGCAGCCAUGAGCUCAUUAGCAUCAGGUGCCGAACGUUCAUAUAUUAUGGAAAAAGGUGUAACAUUGGAAUCAUUAACCAAAGAUCUUAAAAUGUUUGUCGAGCGUUUCAAACGUGAACACAGAAUCGGUCUCAUCAUUAAAAGUGAAAGUGCUAGUCCAACCUAUACAACUCAUUUCAUCUAUUCACUCUUUAAAGAAGAAGGUAAACAUCUCUUUGAUGUACGUGAAUCAAUUUUAGGCCAUUUACAACAAGGUGGUUCACCAUCAGCCAUUGACCGUAUUUUCUCAACUCGUUUAAUGAAUCACUAUUUCGAAUUUUUAGAAAAAGACUUAAAAGAAAACAAUCAUCUCCAAAUGAGUGGUUGUAUUGGUUUCAUCGAUGGUGGUGUUCAUUUCACCCCAAUGCCUGAAAUGAUCGAAGAAAUGUCUGAUAAAUAUAGACGUCCACGUUCUCAAUGGUGGAUGGAUUUAGUUGAUAUCUCUCAAAAUAUAAGUGUUUUCCCAUUAGACGAUCCAUCAAUUUUUAAUCCUCCAAAUUUAAAUGAUUUAGGUAGACCAAAAAGUCACGAAAUUAGCUCUCCAACAUCUUACUCACAAAAAUCUUUCGAUCCAAAUGUAAAUCCUCAAUUUACACUUUAAAAUUAAAAAUAAAUAACAUUAAAUAAAAAAAAAAAAAUAAAAAAGUAAAAUUUUAUUUAUUUAUAC